AUGGUGGAGAAGGAGAAAACGGGGAAAACGGCGAUUAGAUUUUCGAUCGCCUCCGGCGCCGUCAGGAAGCUCAUAUACCAACCAAAAAACGCGUCUUUUCUCUCGAGAGUGCGACUGCAAGUGCGACUAGGGUUUAGCUUCUCAUUUGUGCUGCCGCCGGCGCGGCCUCACGCCGCCGAUGAGAAUCUUCUCCUUUCUCCCUCCUCUUGCUUUCUCUCAUGGCUCUGUUGUUGUUCGCCUGUUUGUUCGCUCCGCCGCUACUGUUUCCUCCUCCAGAUCCAGAUCCAAAACCGCCGCCGUUUGCUCUGUCCCUUGUUAGAUCUGCUCACGAAGGCUCCUCCUCUUGAGUCCCACGACCCUGACGCUCCAGCUCUCUCCUCCAGCCAUUCCGCCAUCUCGGGUCGCAGUGGAGGAUCCAAGAAGAUUUAA